GGUUAGGCGUCAUGCUGUAAGUUCCGGUCCGCCAUUUUGGUCGGAUAGUCAAGUCGUUGGAGUGCGCUAAAAUAGCGGCGGUGAAUUUUGCAAACAUUAGUGACAUUAAAUUAAGUUAGACAAUGGUGCCGCAAACGAAGGUGUUCGUCGGUAGCCUGCCGCAGGGCUCGAAGCCCGAGGAGCUUCGGAAGCUGUUUGAGCGCUUCGGCGUCGUAACAGAAUGCGACAUAAUGAAUAGAUGUGGAUUCGUGCACAUGCAAACUGAAGAGCAGGCUUCGGCGGCAAUUCGCGCGCUCAAUAAUACGUCAUUCAACGGCGGCGUCAUCUCAGUAGAACGCGGGCGCAUCAAAGAGCGAGGCCAGCGAGGAGGCCCAGGGGGCGGCGGCCGCGGCGGCGGCAUGCGGGGCGGUAUGCGAGGAGGGAUGGACCGGCGCGGCGGUGGACCCAUGCGCGGUGGGCCUCCGCCCCGCGACUCGCCCUACGCUCGCGAGCGGCCAUCGCACCCGCGCGGACCGCCGCCCGGCGGGCCGCCACAGAUGCAGCCGCGGCCGAUGCCGUACGAGCGCGCGGAGCGGCCGCCGCCGCCGGCGUACGACGACCGCUACAACGGGUACGGCGGGGAGGACCGGCGCGGGUUCGCGCUGAUGGAGCGUGGCGCGCGGGACCCGUACGCGGCGCCGGCGCCCAUGUACGCGGAGGAGCGGCGCUACGAGGAGCUGGCGCCGCUGUACGCGGACGAGCGGCGCGCGUACGACGAGCGCGAGCUGCUGGAGCGGCGCAUGCGGCCCGCGCCCGCCAUGCCCUACGAGCGCCCGCUGCCGCCGCGCCCGCAGCCCAUGCCCAACGGAGACAUGUUCAGCAGGCGCUCCCCCAUGCGAGGUGCAGCAGGCCCCGGUGGAUACGACAGAGAUCCCUACGCGCAGCAGUACCCGCCCAUGGGACGCGGGGGCGGCGCGGCGCGCGGUAGAGAGCUGAGCGGCAUGGGCCCGCGCCGGUACUAGCGGCGCUAGCUUAGCGAGUAGUAGUUCCACGCGACACGAACAAAUCAGUACCUAGUGCCGGGCGACGGUCGAACUAGCCGCUAUACGCGCGAGCGUCCCGGACACGUAGCUUGUAAGUCCAGUACGAGUGAAAAAUUAUGUGAAUCACUUUAUAUAAUGUAAUAAAUGAGGGUUAUAUUAACGGAACGUUUUCAUUUCACCCGCUGUUUGAUGACAUGCUCCAUGUUACAUGUAUGAACGAAUUAGUUUUAUAUAAUUGAUUGGAUUUAUUUCGCUAAUGAUAAGUCUAAAUGUUAAGGUACAUUCUGAUUAAGUUGUAUAUUUUCAUUUUAGAUUAAAUUCCUUAGAAGUAAA